AGAGAAAAUCAAGGACUUCCUGGAAAAUUACAUGUCCAUGACCGACGAUGGCACUACCAUCCCGCACUUCGUCGAAACGCUUCGCAAACUCGCUCACCGUGAACAAGCGACGAUAGAGGUCAACGUAGAGGACAUUGAGAAGUUCGACAGAGAGUUGGCUGAAGAUGUGCUCGCCAACACUCGGCGAUACCAGGCGCUCUUCAGCGAUACUGUCUUCGAUCUGCUUCCGAAUUACAAAGAGCAUGACGUCCACGCGAAGGAUGCAUUGGAUGUGUUCAUUGAGCAUCGUCUGCUUGUUGAAAAAAGGGCUCGUGAACUCCGGGAAGUCGAUGGUGGUGUUGACAGCCGUGUACGUUAUCCUCCGGAGUUGAUGCGACGAUAUGAAUUGGUAUUCCGGCUUGGAGCCUCCUCAAAGCAUUGCAGCAUCCGCGAAGUGAAAGCCAAACAUAUCGGAAAACUAGUUGCUGUCAAGGGCAUCGUUACUCGUGCGACUGAUGUCAGG